AUGACGCGCGAAAUAAGUCCACCUCCGCUGAAACGAAGGAGGCUGGUUCACCAGAGUUCCCCGGAGACCAAGUCGCAUUCUUUUCGAGUCUUUUCUUGGAACAUCAACGGCGUCGAUGCUUUUCUCCCCCCCACCAACUCAAAGAUCACUACCUUCUUCAAGCCUACCAACUCUCCCAGUGGUCGAGCCAGUCCACCCAAAACAGACCAUGAGACGACAAGCAAUUUACUUCGCGCCUUCUUGUCUCGUCACAACUGGCCAGAGGUCUUAUUUUUGCAGGAACUCAAGAUCAAACAGGGUGACUGCAAGACUGCGGCCGCUCUUCUUACAGCCAUCAAUAGCCCACUAAGUAAAAGCGAUGUCCUAUCCCAGGAACGAACUUAUACGCUUGACACAGUCCUACCUCGAGACAAGUACAACGUUAGAGGAUUCCAGGGAAAGCUUUAUGGAGUCGGCACCAUCAUAAGAAAGGACUUUGCCAGGGGCCACGUUUCCCUCAUUCGCGAAGCCGACUGGGACCUUGAAGGCCGGGUGAGCAUUGUCGAGCUCAAGAAAGGAUUAGGUCAAGACAGGCCACUUGCGCUCCUCAAUAUUUACGCAGUCAACGGGACUUCUAGCCCCUAUCGUUCACCUGACACGGGCAAGGCUGUUGGAACAAGACACGACCACAAGAUUGUUUUUCACAGCCGCUUGCGCGAUGAGUGUCUUGAACUUGAGGCUCAAGGCUACAACGUGGUGGUUGCCGGGGAUCUAAACGUUGCGCGUGGUGUUCUAGAUGGUCAUCCAAAUCUGAGAACAUACCCAAGCCAGCAUUGCCUCAACAGAGCCGACUUCAACGCCAAGUUCUUUGGACAAGAAGAUAACAAGAGAGCCCGGGCGCAUGUGAGGACCAGCAAUGAGAAACAGGCCUGCUUAGAUGCAAUCGACGUUUUCCGCGCCCUUCACAGGACUGAGAGGAGGUAUACUUAUCACCCUCGCACAGCACACUGGGGCAGCAGUUGCGACAGGGUGGAUCUCAUCCUGGCUUCCAAAAGGCUCUGGGAAGAAGGCCUCGUUCUCAGCACCGGGAUUCUGGACUCUCCUCAAGAAAGAGGACCCAGUGACCAUGUCCCCUUAUGGGUAGAGUUGAAAGGCACUGGGUAG